CAAAACACCGAACCGCACACUGAACCGCACGUUGACGUUCACACUGCGGCUCACACUAAGUUCCAAUGGGAGGCCCCGGGGCCCUACCAUGUGGCCUACCCGCGCAACUACAUCUUCACCCUGGACGAGCCGGACGCGUGCCGCGAGGAGGACCCUUUCCUGGUGCUCAUUGUGCCGGUGGCAGCAAAAAACCUCCUCGCCCGGGGCGCCAUCCGUAGAACCUGGGGCAACGAAAGCCUGGUUUUGGGAAAGACGGUCCGGCUGUUCUUCCUGCUGGGUCUCCCGAGCGGGAAGGGGUCCGAGCGGCUGCAGGCGGACGUGGAGAAGGAGAGGGAGGAGCACCGCGACCUGCUGCAGAGCAACUUCCUGGACAGCUACCGCAACCUGACCAUCAAGACCAUGAUGAUGCUGGAGUGGGUGGCCAGUCGCUGCCGAAACGCCAGCUACGCCAUGAAGGUCGACUCGGACGUGUUCCUCAACGUGCAGAACCUGGUGAAGAUGCUCCUGGACCCCAAGACGCCCAGGCAGGACUACAUCACGGGAAUGAUGACCCGGCAUAGCGUGGUGGUGAGGAACCCCAACUCCAAGUGGUACAUGCCCGUGGACGUGUACCCCGACGCCACGUACCCCCCGUACCCUCUGGGGAUGGGCUACGUCUUCUCCACCGACCUGCCCCAGAAGCUCGUGGACGUGUCCAGGCGGAUUCGACCCCUGUACAUAGAGGACGUCCACAUUGCGAUGUGCCUGAAGCAGCUGGGCAUAGUGCCCACAGACCCGCCCAGCCGCUCGCUGUUUAAGGCCUACAUGCCAUCCCGCUUUAACCGGUGCCACUACGCGGCGGUCAUCACCACCAUACUGGACGGUCCCGCGCGGCUGCUCCAGUACUGGAGCGACUUACAAAAACCGGCCCCCCCCUGCUAAAAAAAAACAAACAAAAAACCCCCUGUCAAAAGUCUCUCCAUAUCCUAGAACAAACACGCAGAUAAAACCAACAGAAAGCUGUGUCCGCUAUGGUUUACAUAAUAGAGGCUUUAUUGGUGGCGGGGUAAAUGCCUGGCUGUUCUUUUUUACGUGAGACUUUCGACAGUCUAUUUAUUUAUAAACCUUUUCAGCUUCAGGUUGGAAAGCUGUGAGCUUCAGUUCUAGGGGGUCAAUAAAGAAACGGAUCCAGGAGUCAUGGUUCUUCCUCUUCCUCUUCAUUCCUGCCCCCACCGGUGGAAAGAACUCUCGAUGACACCUGCGUCGUAUCACCUGUCCUUUCAUGCUGCAUCUUGUCUCUCAGCACUGUCUCAGAUCUGCUAACUUCAGCGCGUUUUUUUUAUUAACGAGGCUCGUUAUGGUUCCGACUGGACUUGUGUGUUCUUGUGUGUUCUAACAGGGCUGAAUUAACACUGGUCAUUUUAUUGUGUAGAACAACACCAAAUAUGGACAUUGUUUCUGAGAACACAAAUAGUGUUAUUACAGAUACAGCCAUCCAGUUACUUUCCAGUAAUGCAUGAGAGGACAUGUGCAUAUUUUAGACACUUUAAAUUUAAAUUUAUUUGGACACCAAACUAUGUGCUUCUUUCAAUUUUUUUGUCUUUUUAACCAAGACAGGGUUCACAGACAUGGUUUUUCCAACAUAUUUUUAUUUAACAGCGUACAUAAGGAGUGGAUAUUACUAUUCACUAAUGAUUGAGGUUCUUCACUGCAAUGCCAAAUUACUGUAGAUCACUGCUGAAGUGAUCAGAUCAAUAAAUGACAUAUUCCA